CUGUGCGAGCUGGGCCAGCUGUAGAGCGCGCGGGUGCGUGUGCGUGCCCCCCUCAGUAGGCUACCCCUGCCCCCACGCGGAGAAAAUCAUUGCCAAAUACAGAGCUCGGGUGCACGCGGAGUGAUGGCUGCAGCAGCAGCAGCAGCAGCAGCCCUGGAUUGUUUUUACGACGCAGAGCACGAGAGCGGCACCACCUCAGGAGAAACGGACACCGCGUGCACCGAUUUUUAAACGCACAAUCACAUACAGUGUCUACGAGUGAACCCGCGAGGCUACAUCAGUGCGUUUGACGUCUCCUUCAGCGAGGAUCGCUGCCUCCCGCUCGGUUAAUCGUUGCUGCGGAGCGCAGCUGCAAGGGAGACAGAUCAGCCCCGAGCCGCUAUCACAGAUGAGGAGCGCGAGCAAACCGUGGAAACGAGACCAUUCAGCUCCACCGUCAAAUUAUCACGCACGCGACGCCAGCGCUGGAAUCUAGAUCGGCCCAGUGGCCCCAGUCCAGUGGCGCUGCACUUAGCGGGGGGGGGGGGACCCGAGAGCAUCCCUCCAUCCCACUCUCUCUUUCUGCCUGUCUCACCCCAUCAUAUGCCAGAGCUGUAGGGGGUCUCAUCUAGUCGGGGACCAGGGGGGAAGGAGGGAGGCUGUUCGGUGGACGCACCCUCCGCGUGGUGAGGCUGGGCUGAAGCGCCGCUGUUUCGGAGGAUGCUGCGGGAGUAGAGCGGCUCAGAGCGGAAGAUGGGGAAGGACCAGGAACUGCUGCAGGCGGUGAAGACCGAGGACCUGCUCACCGUGCAGAAGCUGCUGCAAAGGCCCCGGCCAGGGAAAGCAAAGCUCCUCGGUUCUGCAAAGAAAGUGAAUGUCAACUUCCAGGAUACAGAUGGGUUUUCUCCACUGCAUCAUGCGGCGCUCAAUGGGAACCUGGAGCUCAUCACUCUGCUACUGGAGUCACAGGCUGCUGUCGACAUCAGAGACCAGAAAGGUAUGAGGCCGCUGCACUACGCAGCCUGGCAGGGGAAGGCAGAGCCUAUGAAGAUGCUGCUGAAAUCCGGUUCAUCUGUCAACGGCCAAUCAGAUGAAGGACAGAUUCCUCUCCACCUGUCAGCGCAGCACGGCCACUAUGAUGUGUCGGAGAUGCUGCUGCAGCAUCAGUCCAACCCAUGUAUUGUGGAUAACGCUGGGAAAACACCUCUGGACCUGGCCUGUGAGUUCGGCAGAGUUGGGGUGGUCCAGUUGUUGCUGUCCAGUAACAUGUGUGCUGCUUUGCUGGAGCCCAAAAAAGGAGACACCACCGACCCCAAUGGGACGUCUCCUCUCCACCUGGCCGCCAAGAACGGACACAUAGACAUCAUCAGACUGUUGAUCCAGGCGGGUAUCGACAUCAACAGACAGACCAAAGCGGGCACUGCCCUGCAUGAAGCUGCCCUAUGUGGAAAGACUGAGGCAGUGAGACUCCUGCUGGACAGUGGUAUCAACGCCACGGUGAGAAACACCUACAGCCAGACUGCGCUGGACAUCGUCUACCAGUUCACUGCAACACAAGCCAGCAGAGAGAUCAAACAGCUGCUGAGGGAUGCGUCAGCGGCACUUCAAGUUCGGGCUCUGAAGGAUUACUGCAACAACUACGACCUGACCAGCCUCAACAUCAAAGCAGGAGACGUCAUUACGGUUUUGGAGCAGCACCCUGACGGACGCUGGAAAGGCUGUAUCCAUGACAACAGAACAGGAAAUGACCGGGUGGGCUACUUCCCUUCCACCAUGGUGGAGGUCAUCAGCAAGCGCACAGGUUUGGCCAGCACAGUCAUUUGCACUCAACAGUUUCAAAAGAUACCGCUGGUUCCUCCGGCGACGGUUGCCCCUGCCAACGCGGUAGUCAACGGCAACGACACCACGUUCCAUCAGAUCCAUAUCCUGCCUCCACCGCCUCCUCCUCCACCACAUUCCCAUCAGCCACUGCUUCCACUUUUCACUUCCUUUGGCUAUAACAAGUCGCCCGUGACAAGCCCACAGGGAGACACACCCACUGCCCCAGGUUGUCGCGGCUCAGAGGCAAGUCCUCACAGCUCUCCCACCCCGUCCAGCGGGCCCCAUGGAGGCUCCAACGAAGAGAUCUGGGUACUGCGCAAGCCAGUGGCAGGUGGAGACCGCAGCAGCUUGGGUAGUUCUGGAAGUGUGACCAGUGUGAGGUCGUCGGGCAGCGGUCAGAGUGCCGGCAGCACCGCACAUAUCCUCCAUGCACAGGCUGAAGGGGUUAAGCUUCUAGCCACAGUCUUGUCCCAGUCUGCCAAAGCCAAGGAGCACCUACUGGAGCAGUCCAAAUCUGUGGAGCAGCCUGCAGGCCCCACCAGCUCCUCUCGGACAUCAAGCCAAUCGGGCUGUCCACUCCACGAAGCGCCUCCUUACGACGCCACGGCAACCAGGAAGGGGGAGGGGCCAGGCGAGGGGAAGAGCUCAGAGGCCGUUGUCCAAUGGCUGAGCGACUUUCAGCUGCAGGUCUACGCUCCAAACUUCCUGGGCGCUGGGUAUGACUUGCCCACCAUUAGCCGAAUGACCCCGGAGGAUCUGACCGCUAUUGGAAUAACUAAACCAGGUCACAGAAAGAAGAUGACAUCAGAGAUUAACAAGCUAAGUGUCAACGACUGGCUGCCUGAGCAGAAGCCUGCCAGCCUAGGCGAGUGGCUUUCUGCUAUUGGUCUAAGCCAGUACCACCAGGUGCUGGUGCAGAACGGUUACGAGAAUAUCGAAUUCAUCACGGACAUCACCUGGGAGGACUUGCACGAAAUAGGCAUCACCAAACUGGGCCACCAGAAGAAGCUGAUGCUGGCAGUGAAGCGAUUGGCUGAAAUGCAGCGCAGUUCAGACGGGCGGGGCUCCCUCAGAAAGAAGCCCCCGCCAAUCACACAGCAGCAGGAAGUCAUGUCAAUUGACAGCCCACCUCCAGAUGAGGUCAUGUCUCCAAAGAUGAGCACCUUCCAGGACAGCGAGUUGAGCACUGAGCUACAAAGUGCCAUGACCCAGCCAGGUCAGGAGGUCAAAGCUCAGCGAACACGCACCCUCAGCAAAGACCAUGAUGAGGUUAUGACAGGAGGAGGAGGAGGUGGUGGCUCUGGGCCACCUAAGAAGGAGGCGCGGACUAUGAGGCAGCAGAGCAGCCAGGGAAGCACCUCCUCUCACAGAGGCAGUGUUUCCUCUCAAGGCAAACAUCGUCACUCACACUCCCAUGCCCAUUCCCAGCCUGCGCCUCCCUACACGCCCCCUCACACUCCUACCAAGACUAGAACCUCAUCUUCCUCCUCCACCUCCUCCGUCCAGAGCACAGCUUCCCCGCAGGCCAAACACAAGCCAUCCCCCCCUUUCAUCCAGGGGGAGAGACCUCAGUCGCCACGCUCCCACCCCCCUCAGUCUCCAACCCACCGCGGAGCUCCAUGCACCCAGGCUCAGCCCCAACAACAACAACAGCAGCCUCAAGUCCCGCCGCAGCACCAGGCACCUCCUCAGCACCAUCCGCAGGCACAGGUCAUGGAGGUCAGGGAGAGCCAACAACCACAGGUCCCGCUCCUCUGCCUGCCACCAGAGGCUGAGCUGACAGAGGGGGACGAAGCAGAGCCUUCUGCGCUCCAGCAGAAACGCGCCCAAAGCCUCAACAGACACGCCGUCUCAGAUGGUGAGUGUGAGGAGAAGGCAGGAGGAGGCGGAGGAGGAGAAGCAGAUGCAGUGGGAGGUCAGGGCUCUGCCGUCGUCAGAGGGGAAGGGGGCAAAUACGCCACAGUGACCCAUCGGGUCAGCCGCAGCCACUCCGUCCGCAACCAGGACAAGAACGUCAACCGCAACCAGACGCAGUCCUUUGCUCUGCGUCAGAAGAAAAAAGGCCCGCCCCCGCCGCCACCCAAACGCUCAAGCUCUGCCAUCUCAAGCAGCAACUCUAACCUGACAGAUGCCAACGCACAGCCGCAGAUGCUCACCACCACGGGGGGGAUGUUGGACGUGCCUUACCACCAACAGCGGCGGGCCAGCGACCUGGGGGUGUCCCUGGAGCCAGCGGUUGUGGAGACGAGCAGCGUGGGUAGUGUGAGGAGCAUCGCCGCCAUGUUGGAGAUGUCUUCUAUAGGGGGUGGACCCAAAGGCAUGGCACUGCAGAAGAACUUCCUGCAGGUAGGGAAAACACGUGACGCCAUUGGUUUGGACGGUGAAGUGGUGAACCGACGGCGGACCAUUAGUGGCCCUGUCAGCGAGCUGGUCGCGGCUGCCCGGCGCGACCAGCCAACUCCCUCUGCUUUCCCCUCUCCCUCAGCCCAGCCUGAUACCUCCCCUCUGCCUGUAAAUUCCUCCUCCCCACACCCUCCGUCCUCCCCCCACCCCAGCUCAGGAGGUAGCGGCAGUUCAUCAGAGAACCUGCCCUUUGCAGAGGAGGGCAGCCUGACCAUCCGCCGCCAGGGUCGAGGAGAAGGAGAAGGACAGUGUGUAUUUUGUGUUUGUCUGCAGGGUGACGGCGAGGAGCCCCAGGGAGACGGAGGUUACACGCAGGAGGACAUCUCCAGGGUCGAGGCCACAGCGACCUUAAAGCGACGGCCCCGCAGCUCCAAGACCCACCCCAAUGGCUCCGACUUCACCCUCCAGGAGUCGUCCACCGUCAAACGACGCCCCAAGAGCCGAGACAAGGAGCCCGAGGGCUUCGCAGACCUGGCUGGGGCUAACGGGGAGCCUAUGGUGGGUGGUCAGCCGAACACCACGCAGCCAGUACCCUACCAGAACGGCACAGCUACCAUGAAACGCCGCCUAGUGUCUGAUACUGGAGUGACAGAACAGCCACCACCUCAACCCCAACCCCAACAUCAACCUCAACCGCAAGUGACUGCUGCUCCUCGCAGGGACAGUGUGGACCAAGGAACUCCAGUGGGCAAUGAAGGAGGUCCGGUGAGAAAACCAAAGCCACCAGUCUCCCCGAAGCCUGUCGUGGGACAGAUAAAGAGACAGGGGGGCCCACAGACUCCCCCACCUCCUGCCACCAAUAAGAGAGUCCCCCUGCCUGGCCCUGGGACACCUGGAAGCCCAGUGGAAGGAAAGAAGAUCCCUCCACCUGUCUCGCCGAAACCAGUGCCCCCGCCCACGGCACCCAAACCGGCCAAGCUCAUCCACUCCAUGACCAGCCCCCCCUCCCCGAUCCCGGCCCCUAACCCGGUCAAGCAGCACCCUGCGGUGGCCCGACAGACCAGCUCACCCCCCUCCUUCCCUCCCUCCAACAUCCCAAGCCCGCCAAACGCCAAGCCGCUGAGCCCGUCUUCCCAGAGCCCCCACACCCCGCAAACUCCCACAACACCGCAGACGCCCCAAACUCCAGCUACUCCCAGCCCGACCCCGCCACCUGUCAAGCCCCCUCGCUCCUCCAUUGGGGGUGUGUCGGUGGACAGUGGGAUGGUGGGAGGUGGGGUGACGGCGCCAGCCACCACGACGACGGACUUCGGUGUGGAUUCUUUGGUGCAUCAGAAGCUGGAGGAGACGAGUGCGUCGCUGGCCGCGGCUCUGCAGGCCGUGGAGGACAAGAUACUGCGGCAGGAGGACUCUGUGGCUGAGCAGAAGACCACGGUUAGCAUCCUCGACGACAUCGGCAGCAUGUUCGAUGACCUGGCCGACCAACUCGACGCUAUGCUGGAGUAACCAUAGAAACCAGUCAGCGUGUCUCCACGUCAGCGCUGCACCAGGAGUGACUCAGAUGGCACAAUGGGCAAUAUGCCUCUCUGUCUCUCUCUCCUUCUUUUCAUCCUGCUCUCUCUCCCGCUUAUCCCCUUCUCACUCUUCCUGCCGUCCAUCCGCCGCUGCUCCGGCAGACCUCUUUUCUCCUCCUCUUCCUCUCAUCCCCUGGUGAUGCUGAUGAUGAAAAUGAUGACGGCACAGCGCAACAGGCCUGGACAGACAUGUGGCAGAAAGAGAGAGAGAGAGAGAGAGAGAGAGCAAGAAUGGAUAAAGAGAGAGACACUAAAAGAGAGGGUUAAAAAAAGGACCAAUGACUGAUGUGAAAAGAAAAUUAAAAAAAUCACAAGAUGGAGAGAUGAAAAAAAUGCAACGAAAUGGAGGAGACUGCAAUCAAAACGUGGGUCUUUUCAGAACGCCACAUGGACUCAUGAAGCUAUCAUGGCGAACAAAUAAACUAAACUAAUACUGAUUGAAAAACCAACUGUGUAAUGAAUCAUAGUAUGGUAUGUGUACAUUCUACGCAUGGAGAGUUUAUAUCUACUGAAAAAGUCCUGCAUUAGCACAGUAAUAUAUAAUAUACCGAUAAAUAUGAAUCUCUAGCUCUUUGGUUUGAUGUCUUGGUUCUGUGUGGAAUGGUGACCUCUGGUGAUGUGAAGAUGUAAAUGACUUGGUGGAAAGAUUUUUAUCUGUGACCAAAACGAGACUAUUUAGCUCCUGAGGUGUGUGUGUGUGUGUGUGUGUGUGAUAGAGAUAGAGACAGUGUGACAGAUGUGUGUAUGUGAGCUUGCAGAUUGUUGGAAUUUCAGGAUCAAAUUCAGUUUCCUGUCAUAGCUGCAUCCACACACUCUGCUGCAUCCUCAUAAUCACCCUCAACGUACACACACACACACACACACACACACUUAGGAGAAGCACAAUGACCCAUGCAGCCAGCUUGCACACACACGGGAGCCCGCACAAUAUCAAUUCAAAUGAGAGAAGGGGAGGGAGGGAGAAAACUGCUGUGAGGCUACAGCAGGUUGCCUGAAAGCAGAUGUUAAGUUGUAAAGUUUGUUUCCAGUAGGAUGAGUCUUGAGGUCAAAGGUCAGUUUGGUUCUCAGUUGCUCCAAACUCCCCUGGGCAGUUUAUUGCACCAGAGUUUCAAAUCAUUCCUGAUACUGCUGUUAUUUAAGGAAAAAAGAAACAAGGGCGUAGCAGCAAACUUCAGCUUUCCCACCUGAGGAAAACUGAAUAACAUUUGGUUGAUUGAUUUUGAGUGAAAAUCAGUUUGUUAAUAUAGAGACCUUUUCAUUCAUGGUCUUGUCGAAUUGCGAUACAACAUUUCAAGAUUAUAAGGACUUAAAUGAAUGUGAAUUCAUUUUCAAGCACUUUUAAGUGGGGAUGCACUGAUCCAACUUUUUCUCUUCCGAUACCAUGACUCGGGGUAUCUGCUGAUGCAGAUGACCAAUCCAGUAUUAGCGCUCUCCUUGUUUUAAAAUUUAAAGAGCCCCUCGGGACAAAUUUUUAAGACAUAAAUAAAAUACUCUGAUUUGAAUAAUAUAUUGGUGUUUAAUGUUUUUUCCACAAAAAAAGUUAAUUUACCUACUUAAAACAUCUUAAUUACAUCUUUAAAAUCCAGAAACUAUGAAUAUAUACUAAUAUAUUUAUUCUCACUAGUACUUAACUAAUGAACACAAGAUGUCUCCUAACAUUGAUGAAAUAACUUUAAUGUGGAUUAGUUAUUUCCGGGCAAUACUGGAUCCAGUCAAUAAGGUCAGAAUCUGCCCCGAUACUGGUGCAUCCCUACUUUUAAGACCCUAUAUUAACACAUACUUUUAAGAUCCAUAACUUUCUCUUUUUUUUCACCAGGAAAUAGAAAGUAAUUUACAAUAGGACUGAAACCCUUCCUGACACCUUCGCAUCUUUAUCUCUCUGGUCCCACUGUCCUAACCACCCACCCCGUGUUGCCAUGACAAUCUACAUCAUCACCCUCCCCAUCCUCAUCAGCAUCACCAUGGUUACUAUACAGUGUGUUGCCACAACAGCGUGUUGAUGGGAUAAAAAAACUGUCUCUGCUAAGAUGGAGCAAGCGGAGGCAGAGAUCUGUGAUGCUGGAUGGUUUGUUUCAGUGCAACGUUUAAAGGGGCACUGCAGUGAUUUAGUAUUGAACUUCCAUAAAGCUGGGCUCUGGCGUGAGUCAAGCUCCAAAAGCACUGGAUCCUAUACUUAAUUUUGUAACGCCUGCUUUUGGUUAUAAAGUAAGCCCUUGCUGAAAUAACCUUGAUGACAUCACUAGGACAUCAUCAGGGUUCUUUUUACAGAUCUGACACAACUCCUUCAGGGCCUCAAAGUACAUUAAUAAAACUAUUUUUAAAAGCUGAGCUGUACUAACUAGGACUAUCAACCCGUAAAAAUGAUGGAGUGCCCCUUUAAGUUCCUCAAACAAACCAGAAACGGCAUCCCGCGAGGUGCAACACUUCAUUUGCACCUCAGUCCAUUAAGAAAACCUAGGUUUCACAGUCCCAUAGCAGCCACACUCAAUAUAUAAAUGAAUAAUAAUUCAGAGAAUAGUUGUGGUAUUUAAAUUAUGAUCACAUAGAGAUUAUAUAUAUGGAUAUUUGCAAAAAAAAAGAAGUGUAUUUAUGAAGUGUGUGUCAUCCUGAAGACUAUUUUUCAAAGUAAACAGAACUAAUUGAGUGUUGAAUCAGUUUGCUUCUCCAUGCUUAAGUGGUCCGAGCUGAUGAAUACCAUGUUGGGGUAUUUCCAGGAAGUGUUUGUUUUUUAAUUUUUUGUGUACAUGUGUCAAGGUGUGGCGAUCUGUAUAAUACAAGCAAUUCUUGUUGUUCCGAUUUAUUAUUUUUGUAUGAUUUUCAAUGCAAUGUUCGGUUUCUUUUUCUUUGAAACAUGUGCCUUGCUUUGUGAUUUUGGUUUACAAUUUUGUGAUUUUGGACUACAAUACAGUAGAUGGGUAUGUACAAUAUAAGGGGCUCUCUCUUCUGUUUUAUUAUUUAAGAUGUGAUAGUAGAAAAGUAAGUGCCCCCCCACCAUCACCACUGAGAUGUGAUAUUUGAAACAUAAAAUCAUCAGACCUAAACAAAACCCAGGUAACCACAAGAGACGUCUUUCUCCCACGUCACAAUUACAAACUAACUAAUUUCAAUAAGACCGUAAAAUAGCCACUGCGUUCACAUGCUUGCGCUCAUGUGCUAUUUUGUCAGAACAUUAAAGUAGCAAUGGAGCAACAUUUUGGGAAAUAUUUGCUGUCUUUUUGAAAAUUAUAUGAGAAGACACUCUCACCGUACAGUAAAUAUGAAGUUACAACCAGCAGUCGUUUAGCAUAGCCUAGCAUAAAGACUGAAGACUAGCACACAAAUGUACAGUGUUAUAUCUUGUUAUCUUUGUUAAAAAAACAAAACACAUGUUGUGGUUGUUUAUUACAUUUUGACAGAGCUAGGCCAGGUGCUUUGUGUUUCCAGUCUUUGUUCCAAGCUAUGCUAACCAUCUGCUAGUGUUAGCUUCACAUAUAGCUUAUAGACCUGUAUGGGGUGUAAAUCUUCUUGUAUAACUCUCUGCAAGAAAGCAAAUUUAAGCAGAUUUCCCCAAAAUGUUUAACUACUACCUUUAACUGUACAACUAAAAACAUAACGGUAAUGAAGACUAAUCAGUAAAAUGUCAGUUUGGAUAGUUGGUCCAGCUGUUGCCAGAUGUUUGAUAAAUGCAAGUGUAUGUGUGAUUACAUCUGACCAGAUCAAAUUCCAUCAUUGCCUUCAGAAAACAGGUACCAAUUUGCUCUCUGAUUUUUCUAACCUGAUGUUCAUGUUAAAGCCCAAGCAGAAAUUAAGUUUGUCUAAACUAUUUUGUAGCACGUGAGUGCAUGGUAACAUUACUUUCAUAGCAACUUCCCCUAAUCAGAUGGUUGAGGCUGUACAGAGGUCAAAGGUCAACUUGCACUUCCUUCAACAUUGCAGACAUGCUUCCUCUCCCUCACAGCUGCAGCUUACAGCUACACAUUCUUGCUUUUAGACAUGGCCCUGAAAUGUUAAAGCUACACUUUGCCCUUUUCUCCUCCUUCCUUGGGUCUCAUUUUGGUCAUCUCCCAUGCUGUAGGCAUUACUGUGUGUUUGGACGGGUGGGGAUUGCGGGCUACAAAGGUGAAAUACUUCAGACAGUGAAAAAAACACAGAUGGUCAAAUACGUUGUGGAUCAAAAAGUACUGUUCAUUUUCUUUCUUAACAAAAGAAAAAGCCAAGCUGUUAUUUGAUUUUCCGCCUGUGCUUAUCUGAACGGACACCGGACUGGUGUCUCCUCUGCUCUGCAGUUGACUGUAUGUGAGUGCUUGUGAGAGGCCGUGUGUGUGCUAUGUGUUGCUCUGCUAUUGACUGUAUGAAACCUGUGUGCGUGAGUGUGUGUGUGUGCUGUAGUGACUGGACAGUGGUGUGCUUGCAGUGACUGCAUCUUAUGGCCAUCUGCUCUGAAUAAAUAAAUGUUCUAUACAAACUGCA